AUGGUGCGCAUCGUGAAUGGUCAGGUGGUAGACUCUGCCACGGCUGUGCAGAAGAGGAGGUCGCAGGGUCCGCUGGACCAAGUGGCCGGCUUCUUCUGGUCGAUCGUGUCCUUCUUCGUGCUGUUCUUCCACACCAUGUUCAAGCCGGGAGCAGGUGGGGGCAAGCGAACCGAGGGACGGUCACGGAUCAAGACCAUCAACCCAG